AUGACUCUCCAUGGAAAAGUCCUAGGCGCAGACGCGACAGCGACAACAUACCUUCUAAACUGUCCACCCGACGCGGAAAAUUGUGAACGCAGCGGUCAAACAAUCACGUUAGGUCCUUGGGCCGAGAAAACACUCGCAUCAAGCGUAGACCCAACAGGAGCUAUGGACGUAGUCAUCACCGAGCCACAAGACGGUACAAAGUGGUUUUACUCGCUUCACUGUGAGAUGAGCAGAUCUGUCGCGCAGGACUGCACUAUGAUCAAUAGGCCGGCUGAUGGCCCCUCGACGAUUGGACCGAAGACGUACAGGGGAGAGUCGGCUUUGAGAGAGAUUUAUGGCCCGACGUUUGAGUAUGGGAGGGUUACGCUGACUGCUGGGUUAGAGAAGUUGAAGAGUGAGUAUCCGAGUACUACUACGGCUGAGGGCACGGAGUCUUCUAAGGAAACGGAUAGUUCUACAGCGACAGCGGGGGCUAAUGCACCGGCUGAGUCAAAUGGAGGCUUGAAAGGCGUGAAGCUUCCUUUGGCUACUGUAUGCGCUGGACUGGUUGCUACACUGACAUUGACGCUCUGA